GAGAAAAAUGGUCAUACCAAGCCAGCUCUGCAUCUUCAUUCAUAAAACUUGACACAAUUUCAUCAGCUACAAAAUUCCUUCUCACGUCCUAUGAUUGCAACCUAACUCACAGGAAGCUUCGGCUUCGCAACACUCGCGAUGUUUCGAGCCACGAGUCUCGCACCGCUGACCGGACCUCGGCUUGGCGCAGUUUUCUCAGGCCUCGUGAGACCCAGCACCGCGGCCGCACCCUUUCUCACAGCAGCACCGCAUCACUCUAGCCGCAGCACCCAACCGCCGGCAGCAUGCAUCCCAGCCCGGCCCCAUCAGCAGACCCGCCCAUCUUCGUCCAACUCGCGCUGGAAGGCGCGGCAGGGGCGAGACUAUUUCGCGCGCGAGGCCAAGGUCCAGGGCCUCAAGAGCCGGGCGGCCUUCAAGCUGAUCGAGAUGGACUCGCGGUACCGGCUGUUCAAAAAGGGCCAGCUCGUCGUCGACCUAGGCUACGCGCCCGGGUCCUGGUCGCAGGUCGCCAUGGAACGCACCAAGCCCGGCGGCCGCGUGCUGGGCAUCGACGUGAUUCCCGCCCAGCCGCCUCCCGGCGUCGCCACCAUCCAGGGCAAUUUUUUGUCGCCUGUGGUGCAGGGCAUGGUCAAGCAGUUCGUGGUGGAUGUGCACCGGCUGCAGGCUAGGGAUAGGGCAAGGGCGGGUGGUGCUGGUGCUGCUGGUGAUGACGCCGGUGGCGGCGAGGCGGAUGAUUGUGUCGAGGAGAAGCAGAGUUAUAUCGACAUGGAGAGGCACUCUGUGGCCGAGGAGGAGGUGGUGCGCGCUGCCAUAUCGGCUGAAGAUGGCAACGACUGUGAGGGCAUUGCUUCUCCCCGGGCGGCGGAUGCUUCCAAGGGGACGCAGGAUAAGAAGCUGGUGGAUAUAGUGAUAAGCGACAUGUCAGAACCAUGGCCCCAAACCACCGGCUUCUCGAAUAACACUCUAAGCAACCCCCACAGGAUGAUGAAUACGAGCGGCAUGGCCUUUCGAGACCACGCAGGCAGCAUGGAACUAUGCCACGCAGCCCUACGCUUCGCCAGCGACACCCUACGUCCCGGCGGCCAUUUCGUCUGCAAGUUCUACCAGGGAUCCGCCGACAAGGAGCUCGAGACGCAGCUCAGGAAGCUGUUCACCAAGGUCCAUCGAGAAAAGCCUGAUUCUUCGCGCAGUGAGUCCAAAGAGGCUUUCUUUGUCGCCCUGAGGAGGAAAGCUGGUGUCGCUCUUGAUGAGGCCAAAGCCGUCGAGAAUAAAGAAGAUGAUAUCCAAUAAUGCAUCCAUGCAACUGGGGAGCUAUCGGUGUUACAAUAUAAUCUGGCGAGAUGCCACCGUGUAUACUUAUUUAUGUUUAUCUUGUAAAUGUCCACAAUACCCAUGGAAAUAACAUAAGUUUUAUUCCUUUUACGCUACAUUUGCGUAAAUGCAGCA